UGCUCGAUAACACGGCAACACCAGUUAAACUGUCACCGGUAAAAGCGAUGGCGGCAGCUGAAAUCCAGAGCCAAACAUACAUAGUCAUACACUGCCUCUUACAAAAUGAACAAGAUUUUGAUCUGGAGUGUGAUGGUACUGGAGAUGAGAACUCAUUUGACCCUGUAAAAAUAGCCUCAAAGCUCAGGGAACUGGGUGAUGAUUAUGAUGAGAGAGUGAUCCAGCCAUUGAUGAAGAACGUACAGAAAGCUGCAGCCGAUCAGGUGGUGACUGCCUUCAGUGAUAGUGUGGAAAGCUUGUGUAACACGUGGAUUAUGGAAAGAGCAGAAGUGGCCUCAGAGAAGCAGCUUCUCAAGGCUGCCAUCACACUGGGACUCCUUAUGAAGAAAUACUUCCCUGAUAAGACAAAUGUAGUUGAGUUCGCUAUGAUGGGAUUCGUCAACAAUCGUCUAACAAGCUGGAUUGCAGAACAAGGAGGCUGGGUCUCGGUCUCUAAGAACAGCAUGCACUGAGAUUGAGCUCAUUGUCUCAUCCUCCGAGAGAUCCUCAAUCAUUCCUCUGUAGUUUUGAUUUGUAAUGCAGGAUGAACUGUAAAUAUCUGUCAGAUGCCAAAGUCCUGUUUUCAGCCAAUCACAACCAACAAAGUUUUUAAAUGUUUACAUUUUUACUCUAAUACAGCUAUUUGUGUUUGAGUAAUUCAACUGAUGCAGGCAUUCUCAACCAACAUUGCUUUUUUAAAUAAUAGACUUGUGUAUAAUGUAGUCAAUUUUUUUUUUACAUAACUAAUGUGGAGUAAAACUACAAUGUUAUUUUAAAUCCUUUAAUAUGAAGCACUUUGAGCAAAUGUGUUGGUCUAAUAGGGACAUGCAUGUUAUAGUUAACAAAUUGUUAGACUUCCUUCACUACAGAUCAAAUAAACAUGAAGUGGACAUGUUGA